AUGUCCAAGCCAACGGGGGGCGGUGUCAAUGAUGUCACCCACUUCCUGGCGUCGGGGUCGAUGCCGCCAGGGUCGCCCACCUCCAACCCUACGUUCACCGCAGCCAGCCAGGCAGACUGGGCCGCUAAAAGGCUGGUGUGGGUGCCGUCAGAGAAGCAUGGCUUUGAGUCGGCCAGUAUUCGGGAGGAGCGUGGCGAUGAGGUGGAGGUUGAGCUCACAGAUAGCCAAAGGAAGGUGACUCUGUCCAGGGAGGAGGUGCAGCGGAUGAACCCCCCACGCUUCAGCAAAGUGGAGGACAUGGCCGACCUAACCUGCCUCAACGAAGCCUCGGUGCUGCACAACCUGAGAGAGAGAUACUACUCUGGCUUGAUCUAUACAUAUUCAGGGCUGUUCUGCGUGGUGGUGAAUCCUUACAAGAACCUUCCCAUCUACACAGAAGCCAUCGUGGAGAUGUACCGGGGCAAAAAACGCCACGAGAUGCCCCCCCACAUCUACGCCAUAUCAGAGGCCGCCUAUCGCAGCAUGCUACAAGACAGAGAAGACCAGGCGAUCCUCUGCACAGGCGAGUCUGGAGCUGGGAAAACGGAGAACACUAAGAAAGUCAUCCAGUAUUUGGCUCAUGUUGCCUCUUCCCAUAAGGGUGGCACUCUUGGUAGGAACAAGGAAGCUGCACAGAUGGACGGCUCUAAGUCCUUAACAAGAGGCAGUUCUUUGGGGAACAGGAGUAUGCAAUAUGGCGAGCUGGAGAGACAGCUGCUGCAGGCCAACCCCAUACUGGAGGCCUUCGGCAACGCAAAGACUGUCAAGAAUGACAACUCCUCUAGAUUUGGUAAAUUCAUACGCAUUAAUUUUGAUGUGGCGGGGUACAUUGUUGGUGCCAACAUCGAAACCUACCUCCUUGAAAAGUCCCGGGCCACCCGUCAGGCCAAAGAUGAAAGGACGUUCCACAUCUUUUACCAGUUGUUGUGUGGUACUUCAGACGAGACAAAAGCGGACCUGCUCUUAGGAACUGCUGAUGAGUACCGCUUUCUCAGUGGAGGCGCCAUCCAUGUUCCUGGUCAGAGCGAUUCAGAGAACUUCACCCAGACCAUGGACUCCAUGGCUAUAAUGGGCUUCAACCCGGAGGAGUCGCUCUCCAUGCUUAAAGUGAUCUCUGCUGUGCUCCAGUUUGGAAACAUUUCCUUCAUGAAGGAGAAGAAUCAUGACCAGGCCUCGAUGCCUGACAACACAGCUGCUCAGAAAGUGUGCCAUCUGCUGGGCAUCAACGUGCUGGAGUUCACUCGGGCCAUCCUCACACCUAGAAUCAAAGUGGGUCGAGAGUAUGUGCAGAAGGCCCAGACGAAAGAACAGGCUGACUUUGCUGUGGAGGCCCUGGCUAAGGCCACAUAUGAGCGUCUGUUCAGGUGGCUGGUCCACAGGAUCAACAGAGCUCUGGACCGACGUCAGAGACAGGGAGCCUCCUUUAUAGGCAUCCUUGAUAUCGCUGGAUUUGAGAUCUUCCAGCUGAACUCCUUUGAGCAGCUGUGUAUCAACUACACAAACGAAAAGCUGCAGCAGCUCUUCAACCACACCAUGUUCAUCUUGGAGCAGGAGGAGUACCAGCGGGAGGGCAUUGAGUGGAACUUCAUCGACUUUGGCCUUGACUUGCAGCCCUGCAUUGACCUCAUCGAGAGACCAAACCAGCCACCUGGUGUUCUGGCCCUGUUGGAUGAAGAGUGUUGGUUCCCACGGGCAACAGACCGCUCAUUUGUGGAGAAAGUGUCUGCUGAACAAGGCAGCCAUCCAAAAUUCUUCAAACCAAAGCAGCCACGCGGGGAAGCAGACUUCGCCAUCAUUCACUAUGCUGGCAAGGUGGACUACAAGGCACAUGAUUGGUUAGUGAAGAACAUGGAUCCUCUGAACGACAACGUGGCUUCUCUUCUUCACCAGUCGUCUGAUAAUUUUGUCACAGAGCUUUGGAAGGAGGUGGACAGGAUUGUGGGUCUGGACCAGGUGUCCACAGGAGAGAACAGCGGGCCGGUCACGUUCGGAGCGUCAGGGCUGAAGACAAAGAAGGGAAUGUUCAGGACCGUUGGUCAGCUUUACAAGGAGUCGCUCACGAAGCUAAUGGCCACGCUGCGGAACACUAACCCCAACUUCCUCCGCUGCAUCAUCCCCAACCAUGAGAAGAGGGCCGGUAAGCUGUCCCCCAAUCUGGUUUUGGACCAACUGAGGUGUAAUGGAGUUCUGGAGGGGAUCCGUAUCUGCAGACAAGGCUUCCCUAACCGCAUCCCAUUCCAGGAGUUCAGACAGAGAUACGAGAUCCUGACUCCGAACGCUAUUCCUCGCACCUUCAUGGAUGGCAAACAGGCAUCAGAACUCAUGAUCAGAGCUUUGGAACUAGAUCUUAACCUGUUCAGGGUGGGUCAGAGUAAAGUCUUCUUCAGAGCUGGAGUCCUGGCUCAUCUGGAAGAAGAAAGAGACCUAAAGAUCACCGACACCAUCAUACGCUUCCAGAGCGCCUCCAGAGGCUAUCUCGCUCGCAAAUCCUUCCUGAAGAAGCAGCAGCAGCUGAGCGCUCUGAGGGUGAUGCAGAGGAACUGUGCUGCUUACCUCAAACUCAGGAACUGGCAGUGGUGGCGGCUGUUCACCAAGGUGAAGCCACUGCUGCAAGUGACCCGCCAAGACGAGGAGAUCCAGGUUAGGGAGACCGAGCUCCAGAAGGCCAAGGACAAUCUCACCCGAGUGGAGCAAGAUUACACAGACCUGGAUAAGAAGCAUGCUCAGCUGAUAGAGGAGAAGUCGGUGCUGGCUGACCAGCUGCAGGCGGAGGCAGAGCUGUUUGCGGAGGCAGAGGAGAUGAGGGCAAGGUUGGCCAGUCGGAAACAGGAGCUGGAGGAGGUGCUGGGUGAGCUGGAGAGUCGAUUGGAGGAAGAGGAGGAGAGAGGUGUGCAGUUGACCAAUGAGAAGAAGAGGAUGCAGCAGAAUAUCCAGGACCUGGAGGAGCAGUUAGAGGAGGAGGAAGGUUCCCGACAGCGCCUCCUGCUGGAGAAGGUUACCUUGGAGACCAAAGUGAAAAGUCUGGAAACCGACUUGCUGACUGCAGUGGAGCAGAGAGACCGACUCAGCAAGGAGAAGAAACAGCUGGAUGAGCGUCUGAGCGAUGUGACGGAUCAUCUUACGGAGGAAGAGGAGAAAACCAAAAGUCUGAACAAACUCAAAAACAAACAGGAGGCCGUCAUUGCUGACCUAGAGGAGCGCCUUAAGCGUGAGGAGCAGGGACGCUUGGAGCAGGAGAAGUGGAGAAGGAGGAUGGAGAACGACUCGGUGGAGGCCCAGGAGCAGCUGUCAGACCUGGGCAUGCUGUCUGCUGAGCUGAGGGGCAGUCUGGCUCAGAAAGAGAAGGAAAUCACCACCCUGCAGGGACGGUUGGAGGAAGAAGGAGCACGUCGUGCCGAAGCUCAGAGGGCGCUGAGGGAGGCCAUGUCACAGGUGUCUGAGCUGAAAGAGGAAGUGGAGAAUGAACGAGGGAUGAGGGAAAGGGCGGAGAAACAGAGACGAGACCUUGGGGAGGAGCUGGAGGCUCUGAGAACUGAGCUGGAGGACACGCUGGACACCACAGCUGCCCAGCAGGAGCUAAGGUCUCGUCGGGAAUCCGAGUUAAACGAUCUCCAGCGGUGUGUUGAAGAAGAGACUCGCCACCACGAGUCCCAGCUAUCAGAACUCAGAGUCAAACACAGCGCUGCUAUAGACGGCCUCCAGGAACAGCUGGACAAUAGCAAGAGAGCACGUCAGUCCCUGGAGAAGGCCAAAGCAAUGCUGGAGGAAGAGAGGCAGAAUUUGGGCUCCGAGCUCAAGAGCCUACAAGCGAGCCGCACGGAGAGCGAGAGAGGCCGCAAGAGGGCCGAGGGUCAGCUGCAGGAGCUCAGCGCCCGACUGGCUCAGGCUGACAGAGAGCGGGAGGAUAAAGAAGAGCGAGUGCACAAACUGCAGUGUGAAAUUGAGACUCUGUCCACCAAUGUGUCCUCCUCUGACACCAAAACCCUUCGGCUCACUAAAGAGGUCAGCAGCCUGGAGAGCCAGUUGAUCGAUACAAAGGAACUGCUGCAGGAUGAAACUCGUCAAAAGAUGGCUCUGGGCUCGAGGGUGCGAUCGCUGGAGGAGGAGAAGAACGGACUAAUGGAAAGACUGGAGGAGGAGGAGGAGAGGGCAAAAGAGUUGACCCGGCAGAUCCAGACUCUUACCCAGCAGCUGGCAGAGCUUCGUAAGCAGUCAGAAGAGGUGAACACUGCCGUUGAAGUCGGAGAGGAGACCCGCAGGAAACUCCAGAGAGAGCUUGACAGCGCUGUCCAGAGGGAGCGACAGAAGGAGGAGGAGAAGGAUCGGGUUGAGAGGCAGAGGGAGCGGCUGAGGGAAGAGAUAGAGGACAUGACACUUGCCCUGCAGAGAGAGAGACAGAACUGCACUGCCCUGGAGAAGAGGCAGAAGAAGUUUGACCAGUGUCUGGCAGAGGAGAAGGCUGUGAGCGCUCGGCUGGCAGAGGAAAGGGACAGAGCAGAAGCAGACAGCCGAGAGAAGGAGACAAGACAUCUGGCUCUUUCUCGAGCCCUGCAGGAGGCCCAGGAUCAGAGGGAAGAGCUUGAGAGGGCCAACAAGCAGCUCCGUCUGGAAAUGGAACAGCUUGUAAACCAGCAGGACGACGUCGGCAAGAGCGUCCAUGAGCUGGAACGCAGCCGCAGGAGCUUAGAAGCAGAAGCCCAGAACCUGCGGGUUCAGACGCAGGAGCUGGAGGAGGAGCUGACGGAGGCGGAGAACUCUAGGCUGAGGCUGGAGGUCACCCUGCAGGCGCUCAAGGCUCAAUUUGAGAGGGAGAUAAGCACCAGCGAGGAGAAGGGAGAGGAGAAGAGGAGGGCGCUCAGCAAACAGGUGAAGGAGCUGGAGAUCCAGCUCGAGGAGGAGAGGAGUCAGCGGUCUGCGGCUGUGUCGACCAAGAAGCAGCUGGAAGCUGAACUGCAGGAAGCCGAGGCCCAGGUGGAGUCAACCGGCCGCGGAAAAGAGGAGGCUGUGAAGCAGCUACGCAGGCUGCAGGCUCAAAUGAAGGAAGUUCUGCGCGAGCUAGAUGAAAGCAGGUUGUCUCGGGAUGAGGUGAUCGUACAGUCGAAAGAAAACGAAAAGAAGAUCCAAACUCUGGAAGCGGACGUCCUGCAGUUCACGGAGGAGCUUGCUGUAUCAGACAGGCAGAAGAGACAGGCUCAGCAGGAGAGAGACGAGAUGGCUGAUGAGAUGAUGAACAGCAGCUCUGGGAAGAACGUACUGUUCGACGAGAAGAGGAGGUUGGACGCACGAGUCAGUCAGCUGGAGGAGGAGCUGGAGGAGGAGCAGAGUAACUCUGAACUGCUUGCGGAAAGACAAAGGAAGACUGCUCUACAGAUGGAGACUCUGACCGUGCAGCUGCAGGGAGAGAGGACUUUGGCCCAGAAGGCAGAGGCAGCUCGGGAGCAGCUGGAGAGACAGAACAAGGAUCUGAAGACCCGACUGGGGGAGAUGGAGGGAGCAGUGAGGGGCAAACACAGGCUCAGCGUCGCUGCCCUGGAGGCCAAGAUCGAUUCGAUGGAGGAGCUACUGGAACAGGAGAGACAGGAAAGAGCCAUUGCCAACAAACUGAUGCGAAAGACUGAGAAGAAACUGAAGGAGGUGAUGAUGCAGGCAGAAGACGAGAGACGACACGCAGACCAGUACAGAGAACAGCUGGAUAAAUCCAUGGUCCGCCUGAAGCAGCUGAAGAGGCAGCUGGAGGAGGUGGAGGAGGACAACUCUCGCUCCAACGCCCAAAAGAGGAAGCUGCAGAGAGAGCUGGAGGAGCUCACCGACAGCAGUCAGAUCAUGGCAAGAGAGAUCGCCACUCUCCGCAGCCAGCUCAGCAUCCCUGAAUGGAAGGCAGAGCAGCGUGCUCCGUUGCCCCUGGCGAUGCGUGGACGCCGAGCGCUGGUCGACGACCUCUCGUUGGAGAACUCUGACUCGGAGGAGCCCCCAGCCUCGCCGACCCCCUCCUCUGGACUCCCAGGGACCCCGACUCCCACCUCUGAACACAGCCUGGACCCUCCGCCGCCCUACAGCGUCAACAACACAGAGUGACGCACACAAAGACUCAGUUACAAGCUUAACGCGCACACACAAAAAAAUACACACAGACACACAUCGGCCUCUCACAGCCUCAACUACUCAGGGGUGAAGGAGUAACAUGCACACAACACAUAACAACACUGUAGUUAAUAAAAGCAAAUUUAAGAUGAAUACAUC